GAUGGCAGGAUAGUAGACGAACUGUUUUUUGAUAUUCGAUGACGCGCCUUGAAAAUACGACUUCCUGUAACAGGGACGGCUGGGUAACCUUUCUUUUUCCUGUGAUUACCUAGCGUGUAUGUCACGACGGUAAACAAAAUAUAAAUCGCAGCCAUGGUGCGUAUGAACGUUCUCAGCGAUGCCCUUAAAUCCAUCAACAAUGCAGAGAAGCGUGGCAAAAGGCAAGUGCUUCUUCGCCCGUGCUCCAAAGUAAUUGUCAAAUUCCUCACAGUAAUGAUGAAGCAUGGCUACAUCGGGGAAUUUGAAAUUGUUGAUGAUCACCGCAGUGGAAAGGUUGUUGUUAACCUCACUGGAAGACUAAACAAAUGUGGGGUUAUUUCUCCCAGGUUUGAUGUCCCCAUUUCAGACAUUGAAAAAUGGACCAACAACUUGUUGCCGUCUCGUCAGUUUGGAUACGUUGUCUUGACAACUAGCGGUGGAAUCAUGGAUCAUGAAGAGGCAAGAAGGAAACAUCUUGGAGGAAAAAUUCUUGGAUUCUUCUUCUAAUUUAAUUUUGUACAAUUAAAACUGUAUCAAUGUGUGACAUCCACCACGUACAUAACAUCAAACAUCAAUAAACGCUAUUGGUACACA